CCGGCGCAAGAUGGCGGCGGCGGGACGGGCGAGGCGGAGGUGGGGCGGGCGCGGCGGCGCGCGGAGCCCGCAGGCCCCGACAGCACGCGCAGCGGGCCCGGCGCGGGACGCUCCGCUCUGAGGAUGCGGCGCCAGCGGCGAGCCCGGAGCACGCGUGCCCACACCUGUGGUUGCUGAGAAAUGGCCAAUGAGAAUCACAGAAGCCCUGCGGAGGAAGCGUCUCUCAUGAGUCACUCACCCAGCACUUCCAACCAGAACCAGCCCAGCUCCCCCAAACCUCUGCGACUGGUGCAGGACCUGCCAGAUGAGCUGGUGCAGGCUGGCUGGGAGAAGUGCUGGAGCAAGCGGGAGAAUCGCCCUUACUACUUCAAUCGCUUCACUAACCAGUCUCUGUGGGAAAUGCCUGUCCUGGGGCAGCACGAUGUCAUUUCAGACCCUCUGGGACUGAACGCAGCUCCGAUGCCCCUGGAAGGUGGGAUGAUAGAUACCUCUGUGGAGAGCAAGCAAAGGAAGAGGAGAUUCUCUGAGGAGGUUCCACCAAGCGGCAACAGUAUGAAAAAGCCCAAGGCUGAUGUCCCCGGGAACCCGGCUGCUCAGCCAGUCCCCAGCUCUCCCAGUAUUCCAGGAACCUCUGUUCUGAAGGCCUGGUGUGUUUCACCUGAAGAUAAACAGCAGGCAGCUCUCUUACGACCAACUGAAGUGUAUUGGGACCUGGAUAUUCAGACAAAUGCAGUGAUUAAGCAGAGGGCACCAUCUGAAGUGCUUUCUCCACACCCUGAGGUGGAGCUGCUUCGAUCCCAGCUCAUUCUCAAGCUGCGGCAGCAUUACCGUGAGCUCUGCCAGCAGCGAGAAGGGAUUGACCCCCCAAGGGAGUCCUUUAAUCGCUGGAUGCUGGAGAGGAAGGUGGUCGACAAAGGGACAGAUCCUCUUUUACCCAGUGACUGCGAGCCAGUAGUAUCUCCUUCCAUGUUCAGAGAGAUCAUGAAUGACAUUCCCAUCAGGUUGUCCAGAAUCAAGUUCCGGGAGGAGGCCAAGAGACUGCUCUUCAAGUACGCUGAGGCUGCGAAGCGGCUGAUUGAGUCCAGGAGUGCUUCGCCAGACAGCAGGAAGGUGGUGAAGUGGAACGUGGAGGACACCUUCAGCUGGCUGCGACGGGACCAUUCUGCCUCUAAGGAGGACUACAUGGACCGCCUGGAGCACUUACGCAAACAGUGUGGGCCCCACGUGUCUGCUGCAGCAAAGGACUCUGUUGAAGGCAUCUGCAGUAAGAUUUACUACAUAUCCCUUGAGUACGUCAAGCGGAUCCGGGAGAAGAAUCUUGCCAUACUCAAAGAGAACAAUAUAUCUGCUGAGGUGGAAGCUCCCGAGGUCCAGGACAGGCUGGUGUACUGCUACCCAGUGAGACUGGCCAUCCCCUCCCCACCGCUCCCCAGCGUGGAGAUGCACAUGGAGAACAACGUGGCAUGUGUGCGAUACAAGGGGGAGAUGGUCAAAGUGAGCCGCAACUACUUCAGCAAACUGUGGCUUCUGUACCGGUACAGUUGCAUUGACGACUCCAGCUUUGAAAAGUUCCUGCCCAGGGUUUGGUGCCUUCUCCGUCGAUACCAGAUGAUGUUUGGUGUGAAUCUGUAUGAAGGAACUGGUCUGCAGGGGUCACUUCCCGUGCACGUCUUUGAAGCCCUCCACAAGCUCUUUGGAGUGAGUUUUGAAUGCUUUGCCUCGCCCCUGAACUGCUAUUUUAAACAGUACUGUUCGGCCUUCUUGGAUACAGACGGGUAUUUUGGAUCCAGGGGCCCGUGCCUGGAUUUCUUUCCUGUAAGUGGCUCUUUCGAGGUAAAUCCUCCGUUCUGUGAGGAGCUGAUGAAUGCCAUGGUCUCUCACUUUGAGAAACUGCUGGAGAGCUCCACUGAGCCUCUGUCCUUCAUCGUCUUCAUCCCUGAGUGGCGGGACCCUCCUACGACAGCCCUGAUCCGCAUGGAGCAGAGCAAGUUCAAGCGGCACCAGCUCAGCCUGCCAGCCUUCGACCACGAGUACCGCAGUGGCUCCCAGCACGUCUGCAAAAAAGAGGAGAUGUACUACAAGUCUGUGCACAACACGGCCAUCCUCUUCCUGCAGAACAGCGCAGGCUUUGCCAAGUGGGAGCCCACCCCGGAGCGGCUGCAGGAGCUUGUUGCAGCCUACAAGCAUUCAGGCCGGACCCUCAGCUCCUCCUCCUCAUCUUCCUCCUCCUCCUCCUCCAUAGUGGACAAAGAGCGGGAGCUGGGCCGAGAGCAGAGCAGCAGCCGGGAGACCAACCCCAACUAAUGCGCAUAGCAGGAGGCAGAGGGGAGGUGCCUUGGCCCCGGUGGCAGGGGGGCAGUGACAGACUCUGCCUGGCAGCAGCUCCGGGCACCGCUUCCCCCCGCGAACUGCACGGGAGGGGAGGCUCCGGCAGCGCCGGGCACGGAGGAGCCGCAGUGCCCAGGGAAGGACGGGGCAGGCGCAGGCCCGGGCGGAAGGACAGCGGCAUGGGAUGGACGGAGGCACAGGCGGCGGGUGCUCGGCACCGGGGCUGGAGGGGCCCUGGCAGCGCCCACAGCCCAGCGCCGCCGGGACAGGGACGGGCAGAGCCCGGGGGCUCCUGCGGCCGGGGCGGCACCAGAGCAGCUCCGUGUCCAUAGUGUAAAUAGAUAGGUCCGUGGCGCCGCAGCUCACGGGGCUGCUCCCAUCGCAUCCGUGUUUCUUUCCCUUGUGUGAGUCCCGUGUUCGCCCACGCUGUGUACUGUAUAGGGGAGGAGCGGAGCAGAGGAGUUCCUUUGGUGUGUAAAGUCUUUGCAGCUGUUUUGUAGUCGUCGUGGUUUUUAUGCGGAGCCUCUGGGCUUUAUUUAACCUCCUUGGGUUUUGUUUUGUAAGGAUUAAUUUAACACCGCUAACCAUUUUAUUACUUUUAUCAAGAAGAGCAAAGUCUAUUUUUGAUUUCUGUUUCCUAGUUCUUAGGAACAUUAAAACCAGCAUUACAGCUCUG